CUCGAGAAGGAAUCAUGUUGGACUUUUACUAUAUGCUGUACUCGGCACCCUGCCGUUCAGUCCUGAUGACUGGCCCUUGCCUUGGGAUGGAUCUGAACAAGAAGCAGGUCGACCUGGAUGCCGGUGAGCAUCUGAAGCCCGAGUUCAUCAAGAUCAACCCCCAGCACACGAUUCCCACUCUGGUGGAUGGUGAUUUUGUCAUCUGGGAGUCGAGGGCUAUUAUGAUGUAUCUGGCUGAAAAGUAUGCCAAGGAUGACUCACUGUACCCCAAGGAUCCCCAGCAGAGGGCCGUGGUGAAUCAUCGCUUGUUCUUCGACCUGGGCACUCUCUACCAGAGCUACGUCGACUACUACUUUCCCCAGUUGUUUGAGGACGUGAAGAAGCCGGCUGAUCCCGAGAAGAAGAAGAAGAUCGAUGCAGCCUUCAAUAUAUUGAACACUCUGUUGGAAGAUCAGCAGUAUGCAGCCCUCAACAAGUUGACUCUGGCCGACUUUACCCUGCUGGCCACCGUAUCCACUUUUGAAAUAACAGGGUAUGACUUUGGAAAAUAUCCGAAUGUGGUCAGGUGGUACGAUAAUGCCAAGAAGGUGAUUCCGGGCUGGGAGGAGAACUGGGUGGGCUGCGACUCCCUCAACCGUGAAAUGGACUUCUACUACAGACCCGGAUCUGCUCCCUGCCGCUCUGUUCUGAUGACAGCCAAGGCCCUGGGUGUGGAGUUCGACAAGAAGACGAUCAUCAACACCCGUGCUGGAGAGCAGUUCAAGCCGGAAUAUCUGAAGAUCAAUCCCCAGCACACGAUCCCCACUCUGGACGACAAUGGCUUUGCCCUGUGGGAAUCGCGAGCAAUUAUGGUUUAUCUGGUGGAGAAGUACGGCAAGGACGACAAGCUCUUUCCCAAGGAUGUUCAGAAGCAGGCCUUGAUUAACCAACGCUUGUACUUCGACAUGGGUACCCUUUACAAGAGCUUCGCCGAAUACUACUAUCCUCAGAUAUUCCUGAAGAAGCCUGCCAACGAGGAGAACUUCAAGAAGAUCGAGAUCGCCUUCGAUUUCCUGAACACCUUCCUGGAAGGACAGAACUUCAGCGCUGGCGAGGACUAUAGCCUGGCCGACAUCGCCUUCCUGGCCACCGUUUCCACCUUCGAUGUGGCCGGCUUCGAUUUCAAGCGGUAUGCCAAUGUGGUCCGCUGGUAUGAGCAGGCCAAGAAACUAACACCCGGUUGGGAGGAAAACUGGGCUGGUUGCCAGGAGUUCCGAAAGUACUUCGACAACUGAUCAUUUAAAUCUCGCAAAUUCGUUACUCUUGUUUCAUACCAAUAAAUAUAUAAGCUAAGGAACGUUGAAUUCCAUUGUAUUGCGGUUUAAUUAUAA